GCAUUCAUUCAGUUUGCUCUGCUCGAGCAGUGAGGAUCGCGGCUCGUCUUCCAAGUUAAGAAAUUUCCAAAGUGUGUGACACAUUCAACAAGUUUUAAUAUUCUGUUUGUAGACUUUUCCUGGGGAGUUUUGGAGUGUCAGAAAAAAUACUCACGCUGCGGAUUGCAUAGCUGCUCGAAUUUGCAUCCUAAUUAAAGAUCAUAUCGGAUCAUCAGAGACGAGUCCACGCACUGCUGCACCAUGGCCAGGGGAAGUCAAACACUCCAAUUAGUAUUCUUAGCUUUAAUUGCUCUAUCGCAAUGGCAAACACUGGCAGCGGCGAUGCCCGUCACCAAUGAGGAGCUGCGCGGCACCCUCCAGUCGCUGAUCUAUUCGUACAAUCAGCUCGACAAUAAGCUGGAACGGCACGAGCAUCGUGAGCGUGCCUUGGGGGAGCUGCUCAAGAAGGCGCUGCAGUCGCUGCAAAAGGGCCAAAAGAGUUUGGAGCCCAUCAAUGGGAUAUUCGGGAGGUUGGACGAGCGUGUUAGCCAGAUCGAAACGAUGCUCAUUACGCAAGAGGAAAAAUACAAUGCGCAAUCGGAUCGCUUCAAUCAGGCCACCGAGCACAUGUUCAAAUGGAUGCGGGAGAAUGACGAGUGCUUCAAGCGUCCGCCAGCAACUGCCAAUUUGAUUGCGGCACCCGCACCAGCGGCCAUUCCGAAUGAGUUUGUCCAGGAGCAGCAGCGUCUCAAUAGGCAGCUGCUGGAGGAGCUCCAAAAACUCUCCUCGAGUGUCAACUCACUGCUGGACAGCAGCAAACAGACAGCCACGCAGACCCAGAAGAACUUUGACAGCCUGCCCAAGGCCAACGAACUGCUCACGCAGAUUGAGGCGAAGCUGCAGCAGCACUCGUCCAGCGUCACGACAGCAGCACCGCCCAAGAACGAUGAGUUUGAGACGCAGCUGCUGGAGCGUCUGAAUGCUUUGGGUGGUCAGGUGGCUAAACUGAGCGAUGUACCUCCGCCAGCUCCUGCACCUGCACCUGUUGGUCUCAACGAGAAGGACAGGGCGUACAUUCAAGAGUUGAAUAACGAGACGCUGAAUGCGCUGGCCAAACUGAAGAGUGAGACUGCGUUGGGACAGCAAACAGCUUUAACCCAAACCACGGAACGUUUGCAGCAAACAGAGGCAAACAUUCAGGCGGACGUUAAGCAGCUCUCCACCGAUGUGGGCGUGUUGAACACCUACUUCGCUUCCGUCAACGAGAGCAACAGCAAGCUGAACGAUGGCUUUGAGGCGUUGGGCAAGUUCAACAACAUUAUGAUGACCAAUUCGGAGGUGGUGCUGGACACGCAGCGCAAGGUGGAGUUCGGCACACUGCAGAUUGUGCAGCGAGUGAGCAAGCUGCUGGAGGAACAGGUAACCGAUCUGAAGGCUGUGCUCAAGACACGUUUUACCGCGCUGGAUGGCGCUGUGGUGAGUGGACAGCAGGAGGCGACUCGCAACAUUAGCGGACUGCUGGACACGGAGCUCACACAGGUGUGGCAUCGCAUUGAGAUCAUGUCCAGUGAGAUUAGCCAGAGCAGGGACAUGCUGAGCAUCAUUCAGGCUGCCUCCGAUGGUUACAUCAACAGCACUUUGGCCACCAUGAUGGGAUUGGGCGGCAAGGUGGAGGAGACCAAGAAGCACAUGAUCGAUAUGGAUGAGAAUUUGAACUUCCUGCUGGGCAAACUCUCGCUAAUGUCCAGUGAGUUUGCCAACAUCAAAAAGGGUCUCGCCGACUCGCUGGAGGAUUUGCGCAACUCCUUCCAUUUGCUGCACGAACGCAUGCCGACGGGUCCGGGGCCGCACAACAUUGAGAAGAAUCAGUAUCUGACCGACGUGAAUCUGCUGUCCAAGCGGCAUGCCGAGGAGUAGAAGUGGCCACUGAAAUUAUAUUUAACAUGAAAAAAUACAAUAAACCUAACCGUAGCGCCUAAGGACACCAACCACUUACACACAAGAAACAUAUUUAUGCAAUUGCGAUCCUAAAACACACACAAAUCAAAUCUCUCUCUUAAAUACAUUUCGUUUAUGAACAAAUUA